AUGAAGGUUGACAGAAGGCGAACACCUCUACUCCUCCUGUUGCUCGCAGUACUUGCGGAAUGCGCGUCUGCGGCUUCCGCGCCAGGCAGACUGGGUAGAAGAGACCCUAUACCAGUGGCCGCUGCCGAUAAAGGGGCCUCAGGUCCUAUUGGGACAGAGCACGCACCGGUGGAUGGCAAGGAUGGCAUGCCACACAGCGGACCAUGGAUCGAGACGGAAACAGAUCGUAAGAAUCAAAAAUUGAAGGACACCGCGACCGACGACGAUGUUGAUUUGCCAGCGACGAAAGACAAAACACCCACCGCAGACCUACCUAAGUCUAACGACGGGGUCAUGGACGAUCCCAAUCGCAAGUCUCCCGUGGAAGGCACACGUGGCGUUGAGGGUGGUGUCUCGUCGAGGCUGAAGGAUGGGAAGCCGGUCGGGAAAGAGCCAGAGCAGCCGAAGGAAGCACUUCCUGUUCCACACUCGGAGAAGGAGAAGAUGGGCAAACAUGUCGACGAUGGCUCAGAGACCGCGACAGUCACUGACGAAGCGAAGAAGUCGCAGAAGUUCGAUGUACCCGCGGACCUUCCUGCUAGGCCACAUGACAUUCCCCAUCCCGAAAACCCAUCCUCGCCUAAGGACACCACCAUGGUUCAUGACUCAACAAGGCCGACUACUGAGCUCCCUGGCUCUGGAACCGCGCCUGGCUCCGGCCAUGAGCCCGCUGUCAUCUCACCAAUGCACUCCAUGAUUUUGUCCUUUACAAUGAUCAUGUUCUCAGAAAUUGGCGACAAGACAUUCCUCGUGGCCUGCCUAAUGGCCAUGCGCCACGAUCGCCUGGUCGUCUUUUCGGCCGCAUAUGGGGCAUUAAUAGCCAUGACCGUCCUGUCCGCCUUACUGGGCCAUGCGGUGCCAUCCCUCAUUUCUCCGCAUAUUACCAAUUUCCUGGCAGCUGGACUGUUCCUUGUAUUUGGAGUUCGACUGUUCCUCGAAGCACGAAAGAUCUCUCCCGAUGAAGGUGUGAGUGAGGAAAUGAAAGAAGUAGAGAUGGAACUGGAAGAGAAGGAGCACGAAGCCGCGCGAAAAGCUCGCAGACGAAGCUCGAUAUCACCAUACGCAUUGGAGGCAGGACGAGGACCCGCACGAAAACAUCGAUCAGGCGGAGGUGCCACCCGACUCCCUUCGCCACCAUCAUCACCGUCGUCGACCAGUUCCUCGCGCGACGUGUCGCCUUCCAGGACGUCGACGUUGAAGAACGCCGUUGACGGCCUGUCGAACCUCUUCUCUCUGCUUCUGUCACCAGCUUGGGUGCAGACGUUUGUCAUGACAUUUCUAGGGGAGUGGGGUGAUCGGUCGCAAAUAGCGACCAUAGCCAUGGCUGCAGGCCAGGACUACUGGUGGGUUACAGCCGGCGCACUGGGCGGGCAUGCAAUUUGUACUGGCGUUGCGGUCCUAGGAGGCAAGGCGAUCGCAGGGAGGGUGAGCCUACGGACUGUGACCAUGGGUGGCGCAUUUGCUUUCUUGGUUUUCGGCAUCCUGUAUCUGCUGGAAGCACUGUAUUAG